CACACCACGCUCUUUUCCCUCCUCUCCUCCUCUGGACUCCGUGUGUGGAGAGGCUAGGUGAGACAUCUUUGCCUAAACACUCAUUCCCUCUCUCCCACCUCACCUAUUCACCUCCACGAGUUGCGUCGACGUCGCCAAUCCUAACCAGCGACAGAUACCAUCUCGAGUAGUCCGUUUCCGACUCACCCCUUCGCUACCCCAUCGAUCGCCGCGCCGCCCCUGGCAAGCGCUCCAUGAAGCCAUCGUCGGGCCUGAACUGAAACCUGCCGCCCACUCCCCCGGCCCUCUCCUCGACCUUCUUUUGGGAUAAGGCGCCGACUGUCAGUCGUCCUCGCCCAUCUGCAAGCCGGCAAACUUCAGCAUCGUCAUCUUCCCGGCCCCUUACUCGACACUGAGCCUCCCGUCCCGCACCCUCGAAUCUCCACGCUGGAUUCCUCAACACUGUCAGCGGGGUCACCGGCCCAGUUCCACGACGCAGUCGACACCAUGGACCACGACCACCUGGCUGCGCAGCCUCACCCCGACGACACCAUUGGUGCCUUCGAUGCCUCCCCUCAAGUGGCCCAGAACAAUGGAUACGAUCACCCGGAGCCCCAGCGUCAUCAAUCAAGUCAGUCCCUCGACCAUGGCCUUCCACAAUCCCCGCGACCCGAAGAACAGCACUCGGAUCGCUACAACACACCACCACUUCCUAUAAACGCCCUUUCCAUCUCAAGGCCUGCCUCUGGACUUUCCGGCGCCGGCGCGCAACAAGGCUACGCCGACCAUGCAUCACGCAGCAGCGCCGGUGCUGAAGCCGCCGCCAGCAACGGUCGCAACCACGUCGUCAUCAAGGUCGGCAUGGUGGGAGAUGCGCAAAUCGGCAAGACCAGUCUCAUGGUCAAGUACGUGGAAGGAAGCUGGGACGAGGACUACAUCCAGACACUUGGCGUCAACUUUAUGGAGAAGACCAUCUCCAUCCGGAAUACGGAAAUCACCUUUUCCAUUUGGGAUUUGGGCGGCCAGCGCGAGUUUGUCAACAUGCUUCCGCUGGUCUGCAACGACGCCGUCGCCAUUCUGUUCAUGUUCGACCUGACACGGAAGAGCACCCUCAACAGCAUCAAGGAGUGGUACAGGCAAGGCAGGGGCUUCAACAAGACGGCCAUUCCCAUCUUGGUGGGCACCAAGUAUGACCAUUUUGUCAACUUCCCGAGAGAGGACCAAGAAGAGAUUUCGAACCAGGCUCGCCGGUUCGCCAAGGCAAUGCGCGCCGCGUUGAUCUUCUCCAGCACGAGCCAUAGUAUCAACGUGCAAAAGAUCUUCAAGAUUGUGCUGUCCAAGGCAUUUGACCUCAAGUGCACCAUUCCAGAAAUCGAAAACGUCGGAGAGCCGCUGCUCCUGUAUCAGUCCUGCUGAUUCCCGUCAGCGGUCUGAUACGGUGUACGCCAAACUUCGCGUGGCCUCGCGCCGAUCAUAACCAUCUCGGCUGUCGCCCAUAACGAAUGGAUCAUGACCCAUUACGUACUUACGACCUUCGAUAUCCAUGCUGGCAUCCAUCAGCCGAGCUACAAAAACAGUCAUCUCUGGCACCAGGCCAAAAUCCGAGUGACUAUACAGAGCACCCCACACGGCUCUUUCUGGCACAAAUCAGCCCCUUAAAAACACAACCGACUCGCUUCUUUCUUUUGUUACCAACAUGGCCUCCAUGGCCCGAUCACAGCGCUUUCAGUGUCA